GUGAACUGCCAAUUGGGUAAGAAGAAGUAUUAAGUUCUUCAAUUUUUCACACGGACGGGUUUUAUUCACGAAGUCGAUAUUAAAAUUAAAACAAAGAGAUUAAAAUGCAGCCAAAUCGGUUCAAAAACACUGAAAAGUUAUGAAUUCCAAAAUUUGCAGCUGUAAAUUAAGAAUGUGCAAAAACCAUUUCAUGUGGUAGUGGACAGAUUUUCAUAGGGACACACACGGACCUACAAACGCCUACAGGCGCACACGGGGCUCCCUAAAUUCGCCGAAAAAGUCGAAAACGAAAACGCAAAAAAAAAAUCAUAAUAAAGAAAACGAAAACAUGUGAAUAUGUGUUUGGGUUUGUGCGCAGGAAAAGCAAGUCAAAGCGGAAAGCAAAUUUUUAAGGUGUGUGUAAAAACGACAAACAAAGCGAGACGAGAAAAAAUAAAAGCCAGUGGAGAAGCGAGAAUACGAGAACGACGGGCCAGCUGGUAAAGAACGAAAAGUGUAUGGAAUAAGCUAAGAGGGUGGUUUUGGCAUUGAAGGUGGACAAAAAGUGGACGGUGGAAUAGCACCCAAAUCUUCAAAAAGCGACAGACCAAAAGUAGAAAAGCAGCCUCAAAAAUAAGAACGUGAAGCGACGGCAAUCAGAAAGGGAGUCGGAACACAAACUUAAUUACGUUUUGUUUGUUCGACGCACACAACCCAACUUGUGUUACCAAUGAGACAUGCAAAACGUAUUACAGGAAAGCAGCGACAAGAACAUCAACGCUUUCUGAAACGAAUAUACGAUCCACUUUAAAACCCAACAAUCGAGUGAGUUUGGAUUAAAAGUGAAAGUGACUAGAAAAGAUCGUAAAAAGACUGAUCGGCGGUUUCAGUGAAUCAUAUGAAAUUACUUAGAAAGUAGCGAACUGAAAGGAGCCCACAGUCCCAAUCAAAAAAAAAAAACAACAACAAGAAUCAUUAAAUUUAUAAAGUUAACAUCAUUUCUCUGUUUGAAAGAACCUCGCGUUUUUAAACCUCUCCGCCACGAAUUCCUACACAAAUUUCAACGAAGUAUGGAACCUCGUACGCAUUCAAAAUGGCUUCUAUUGGAAUUUUUCGCGCUUUGUGGACUAUCGCUGUGGACCCAGCCAGCGGCAGCACAUGUACUGGCUUACAGGAGAAUAGACAGUGCGUUUUUCUCUUUUUCGCAGCUAAUUGAAGAGUUCAAUGAUCUUCCAGCACAAUUUGGUCCCAGUUUGCCUGCGAAUGGUAUAAAAGUCUUUGCUGUACCAGCUAAAAACAUAUUUGCCUGUAGUCUUAUCGAUCCACCACCACGCAACGGUGAUUAUCCAAAAACUGCGAAGUUUGUAGCCAUUAUCGAGAGAGGUGGCGGCACAAACUGUACAUUUGAGAAGAAAGUUCGCAAUGCACAGGCAUCCGGAUUCGAUGCAGUCAUCGUAUUUAAUAAUGAUGGUGAUGAUUUGGAACAAAUGUCAGCGAAAAAUGCAAGUGGCAUCUAUAUACCAGCUGUGUUCGUUGGGAACAAUACCGGCAGUCGUUUGAUAAGCUUCUUCACACCUGAAUACAUAUUGGUGAUAAACGAUGAGCUGCCAUUCAACAUAAAUACGCAAUUGAUUUUACCAUUUUCGAUUUUGAUUGGGCUUUGCUUCCUCAUUAUGAUAUUCUACAUGAUUUACAAAUGUAUACGUGAGGAGCGUCGUUUACGUCGCCAUCGCUUGCCGAAGAAUAUGCUUAAGAAACUGCCGAUCUUAAAGUAUACGAAAAAUUGUGAUCUCUCGCAAGACACCUGCGUCAUUUGUUUGGAUGAGUUCGCGGAGGGCGAUAAACUGCGCGUGCUGCCAUGCAAGCAUCCUUACCAUAGUCACUGUAUCGAUCCAUGGCUUACGGAAAAUCGACGAGUUUGUCCAAUUUGUAAACGGAAGGUUUUUACGAAACGCGAGUCGCGUGCAAGCAGGACGAAUCGACAAUCUUCAUUGGAUAGUGUAACGGAUACAGAUGAUGACACAACUCCACUCCUCCCACCUGCUCAGCCAGUAAGGGUCGGUAGUGGUCAAAGUAGCGCCAGUGCGACAAGUAGCACUAAUAAUGCAACUGGUGCUGGUACGGCAGCUACGCGUGGUGCUGUUUCGCCUGCUGCUGCUAGUGGUCGGCGCAAUGGGCGUAAUGCUACAACAACUCGUCAUGGCACCUUUAGGCGUGCACCGGCAAGUGAUAGCAAUUAUGUUACCGAUGUGACUUCCGACGAAGAUAACGUAUUAUUAGCUCAAAACUCCCCAGCACGUGGCGGACGGCGGGUUAAUCCAUUCGAUAGAAGACCCAAUUUGCCGCCACACCUCGUCGAUCAGCUGACUGGCAAUAGACGCUCUUUCUGGCGAUUACCAUUUUUCAGCUUAUUCCGCCGCCCACAGUCAAUAAGUGUUGCAGCGCCACCCUUCCUCGAGGACGGUGUUUCACAGCCACCGAUCAAUGUUGCCGCCGUUGCGAUAGAUGCCGCAAUAGCGGCAGCAACAGUACGUCCACAGCGUGCCACUGCAGCCAGUAGUUUACCCCAAGCGAUCGCGGCACCAUCACCAGCCGCUCAUUCUUCGAAUAAUAUCCUCAAUCCGAAUUUAGCUGGUUCUUUUAAAGAAGGUGAAGAUGACGAUGAUGAUGAUGAUGAGUUGCCGCAGCAAUCAAUUUAUGAGCCCGUCACAGUUGUGUCCCAACAUGAAAGCAAUACAAAUAAUAAUAGCAACAGUAACAAUACGAACAAUGAUAGUGAAAUGGGCGCGUCACGGCAAUCACAAUCCAGCCAAGCUGCUGCAACACCACCACCACGAGCGCGUCGCAUAUGAGUGUGAGCUGAACUGUGGCCAAAAACUACAAAUGCUAGUACCAAAUCAGGCUUAGCCUUGAAAGUGUGGUGGAGCGUAAAUAGCAAAAGUUUAGCUUUUAAAUGAGGAGAUUUGUUGAAGAAAUUGCGACAUGUGCGUGUGCGUGCGUGUGUGUAACAGCUACCGAUGUUGCAGUAGAUGAGCACAGCGACAGGUGCUAGAAGUUGUAUGGAGCUCCGCAGUGAACAAUCACAUCUACAUAAGCAUGCGCGAACCCACACAAGUCAACGUGCAUUAGCAGAAAUUGUGCGACUCUGCAUGUUAUUAAACAACUGUAAAUUACUAUAGUCUUAUUAACUUUUAAUUGUUUGAUUAGAAUUUUACAAAAUGUGUAUACAUGAAAUGUGAUUUAAUAUUGGCUUCGAUAAUUUUACAUGCAAACAUGCAUACAAGCAAACAUACAAUACUUAGAUAUAAAGGUACAAACGAAUGGAACUUUUGUCACAUAAUUACUAUGUACGUACGUAUGUAUGCGCGUGUGUAGUCUGGCGUCAUGAAGGAAAAAAAACAGAUAAGAAUCAGUGACAAGGAGAUUAAAUAAAUGAAGCAUAAUAAAACGUAAUAAUAAAACUAAAUUAAUAAAUGUUGCUACGAGAAUAAAUAUGUCUACGAGCAGCAACUAUUACAAUACCAUACCAACAACAACAGCUACCAAAUUGUCUACGUAUGUAUGUAUGCCUAUAAUAAUCUAGAUAUGUAAGUAACUGUAUUCACAAACAUAUAUAUACAUAUAUAUUUUUACAAUUAUAAUCUGAUUUUUAGUUACACAAAAAAAAACAAGUUUUUUAUGUUAAAAUUUUAUUUGGCUUCGUUGCAUUCAUAUAAAGUUGUUGUUUUCGAGUUUCAGUUAAUUUUUUUUUUUAAUAACGUACAUAGACAUUCUGCAAAAGUGUUAAGCCUCUCAUCUAUUAUGAAAUUGGUCAAAGGUAUUAACUUUGUCACACAAAUUUCUUGCAUAGAUCUCCUGAAGACCUCCAUGUAGAGAGGUUUGGCUUAGCAUACCAAGCGUAAUGUAAAGAAUAUUGUUUUGAAUGUUUCUGAGUUAUUUAACAUCUAUCGGAGAAAUUAAGUACUAUUGCCUUAAAGAAUGACUGCUUUUCAUUUUAAUAUGAACGCAACUUCAGAGUCUCACUUUGUUAUGUUUUCUCAAUUGCUUUUAGAGUACACUAUUCCGAACUAGUGGGGACAGAGAAAGUGGUUUAAAAAUCAAAUAGUAUUCAGUCGGAGAAUUAAUCCACCUAUAUAUACACAUACAUAUUCCGUAAAACUUAAGAAGAGACUCUUCCUGUUAACUUCAAUUUCGUUUGCCAUUUGUUUUCCUAUAAUAUUUUUUUGAUUUUCG